GCCACGAGGUCUCGCGUGAUUUGACCGAGUCGUUCGUGAGCUAAUUACCGUUCGUCGACAACCAUUAACCGUUACCUUAAAAAUGUAUAUGCGGCUAAAUUUGACAUAAUUAUAGCACCUUUCGCGUGCUGCUUUAGUUUGUAGUAGCCCAAAAGUCCGUACGUGUCGUCUCGGGCCAGAGCACACACCGUCCGCUUUUGUUUGCCUUGUUGCUAGCCCGUUGCUAGCUUAGCAAAGCGGCGCUAGCUAGCAGCAGGUAACUCAUCAAGCUAGGCGGCUAACGACUCGGCAAAAACCAGGAAGAAAGCAAAAGCAGCACUUGUUUGGGGCAGCUUGGCUUGGCCUCCGAGGUUGCUUCACUCCUGCAAUCAUUGACUGACUAAAUAACCACGGACGGUUCGGUCGAAACAGGUAAAAGUUGACAGUCCUAACUGUAGAGAUGUCAAAGGCCCCGGAUUCUCCAGCUCGAUCCCGCUCCAGAUCAAGGUCCAGGUCCAGAUCAAGAUCUUACUCCCGAUCUCACUCCAGAAGCCGCUCCCGCUCAAGAUCCAGAAAACGUCGCUACAGUUCUAGGUCUCGUUCCCGCUCCAGAUCGCACUCUCCGUCCCACAGAAACUACCCCACCAGGGACUAUCAAAACAACAGGGGAGGGUUCAGGGGCUACAACCGCGGCUACCGUAGGCCCUACCACUACCGUGGCAGAAACCGAGGCUACUUCCCACGUGGCCGUUACCAGAACAGGGGAGGGGGUAGCUAUGGUUACAGGGCCAACAAUUGGCAGGGUGGUGGUGGCGGCUGGCACGAUCACCACCAUGACCAGGACCACCACUCUCACAGCCCCAGGAGGGGGCGUUCCCGCACCCCUAGGAAACGGUCAGGAAGCCGUAGCCGCUCCCGCUACUCUGACCGCUCGUCUUCAGGUCGAUCUCGGCGCUCAAGCUAUUCCUCUCGGUCCCGAUCCCGGUCCUCAUCCCCACGCCACCGCAGUAGCAAGAGCAAGCGCAGCUCCAAGGAUGCCAAGGAGAAGCCUGCAGAAACCCACACAGAGGCACCAGGUCAGGCAGCAGACGGCAGUGCUAUUGAGAAGGCAUCUGGAGGUAAAUGGAUUGACUACGACACAAGCCCCAAGCAGACCAGUCCUGAGGCUGGUCUUGCUGCUGGAACCAAAGAGGAAGCCCCCACUGGCCCUGAAAGCAAAGGGCCUGGGAGUGGUGGUCCUCUGUGGAGAACCAUUGGCAGCGCCCCUGCUCCUGCUCCUGCCCCUGCCCCUGCCCCUGCCCCUGCAGCCAAGAGUCCUGCCAAGUCAGUGCCAACCACCUCCUUCAGCGGCUUUGGCUUCUUUUCGAAGGAAGAUACCAAAGCUGGAGAUAAGGCUGGAAUACCCUCUGCCUUCAAAAAGUUCUUGGCAGAGAAUAAAGGGAAAAAGCUGGCACCUGAGAAGGAGAAUGGUCGCGAUAAGGAGCAGAGCACCACAGAAAGAGAACUGGAGAAAGGCAGCAGCAAGGUGGGAGGCCUCUUCAAUGUCACAGCUGCAGCAUUUGGAGAGUCCAAGGAAGAAAAAAGCUUGCCAUUUUUUGAUGCUGGCGAAGAGGAGUUCCUCAAGUCUCAUGGGCUGAAAGAGAGGGUGAUUGAAGAGGACGGGGAAGAUAAUAGCAAGACCACCCUCACAGCCCGGGACAUUUUUGGGAAAUGGGAGGACGAGCCUAACUAUCCAACUUCGUACCCAACAGUGAAGGAGAAGAGCCGGAGAGAUGCAGAAGAGGCAGAGGAUAUAGAACACUUAGAGGAGGACUUGUACCGUAGCCGUAAGCACAGCUCCAAGAGGGAGGAGAAGUCCAAGAAGAAGGAAAAGAAAGAAAAGGAGAAGUCCAGGAGAAGUCCGUCCCCUGCCCCAGCACCUCCCAGAGACAGCAGGGAGAAGGACAGACCCUUGUUUCCUGGGGCCAUCGUUCCCAGGGAGGAGUCACCCCCUUCACGACUGUCUGUGUCAAGGGAGGAUUUUGAGCUCAAAAUCAGCUCUUUAGAUGAAAUGCCCAGCUCCUCUCUGUCUAGGGAGCGCCGUAUGUCCCGAGAUCUAGUGAAUCCCACUAAGAAAGAUCCAGAGUUCCGCUCCAUUUUCCACCAGAUUCAAUCAGCGCAGCUCCGCCGGAGCCCCUCUGAGCUUUUCGCUCAGCACAUAGUCACUAUUGUGCACUACAUUAAAGCCCAACACUCCCGCUCCUCAGACAUGACUUUAAGUGAGCGGUUUGCCAUGUACCAAAGAAAAGCUGCAGAGGUAGAAAUGAUGAAGCCAAGAAGGAGCCCAGAAAUCCACAGGAGAAUUGAUGUCUCCCCCAGUGCCUUUAAGAGGCACUCUCACCUGUUUGAGGAUAUGGAGGAGACCAGCUACAAGGAUCCGGGUAAAAAGCUCAAAGGUGAUGUGAUGGACCUGCGCCUGGAUAUUGAGAGACGUAAAAGGUUUGGUAAGGAACGUGAGUUCAAGCGGGAUGGAGGCAAGAGCUCAGGAGGAUCCCGAGGACCAAGCAGAGAGAGGUCCUCUGAGAAAUCUGCAAAGCACCACAAGAAAUCAAAGAAGAGUAAGAAGAAACGGGAUCGUUCUCCAUCCUCCUCUUCCUCUUCGUCCUCUCCAUCCCCUUAUCCUCCAUCUUUCAGAGGUAAAGAGUUCAUGGGAGAGGGGAUGGAGCACAUGGACGAGGGCUACAGUCACCCGCGCUACCCCCCUCGGGACUAUGGCGGGCCUGUGGACAGGGGGCCGCGGGAUUAUGAGAGCCACAACAUGGAGAGGGGCAGAGGACGUGGAUUUUACCCCAGAAUGAGGGGAAGGGGUUGGAACAGGGGUAAUUACCCAGGCAACAACAGCAAUGGCAACCCAGGAAAUAUGAAUGCCCCAGUGCGCCCCCCAGAGGAGGAGUGGGACCCUGAAUACACCCCUAAGAGCAGGAAAUAUUACUUGCACGAUGACCGAGACGGUGAGAAAACCUGGGUGGACAACCGUGGACGAGGCCGGGGGUCCUUCCCGGCCCGCCGGGGACGAUUUGUCUACCGCAAAGGAGGCAGCAGCCCCAAGUGGACCCAUGACAUGUUCCAGGGAGGAGAGGAGGGAGAGCUGGGAGACGACAACAUGGAGCUAGACCACAAAGAAACGAAGGCUGUGGGAGACUCCUCCGCCCAGAAGCAGUAGACUGCUCCCCUCAUGACUGCCGUUAAUCUAGCAGUUUUGGUAGCAGAGGGUGACUGCACAGCUGCCAGUGUCCCAGUGUCCGAAUGUUAACAGUAGUAAUAAAGGUGUUUUUGUUGGGUUUUUUUUUUGUUUGUUUGUUUUCCUACACCAUCUCAUCUUUUAGUGGUUAAAAAUUGCUGAAUGAGUUUGAGCCCCCUCACACUGAGUGAAGGAAAAAAUGUUCGAUUGACUUGAAUGAAGAGCAACACUCUUAUUUUUUGUAUGUCUGUUUAGCUUAAUUUUUUAUGCAACUGUGCAUUUCUUUCUUCAGCUUUGCAGUUGGUUGGCAUCGAAUCAUUUGUACCCUCUAAGGGUGGAAGUAUGGAGACAGCAAAUGUUCAAAGAUGACUCAGUAUUCUGUCAAAACGUGAUAAAAUGACAAAUGCAUUUGUGCCUUAGACCUUAAUGUAACAGUAAUACAUUUUCUUGUAAUUGUCCUUUUGUACUGCCUUUAAUUGCAGUACUAGAGGAAGACAUCAGUUGAAUUACUUGUUUUUGUUUGUUUAUGUUUGGGGCAGUGAGAAAUCUUUGGUAGUAGUGCAUGAAACGUUGGAUUCAUACCUCGCUCCAUGGGACCAAUCCGUGGUGGGCAUAGGGCUCAUACUUGUCAUUUAUGAACAAUAACACACAAAAGUUAAUAUUUGUUGUACCCCUGAACUAUUGAUGUUCCUCACUUAUAUUAUCCAGUCAUUUUCAUAUAGUGCCACUUCACCAUAAUUUCUCUUUAGGAUGUAAAGACAUUUUUUUUUAAUGUGUGUGUGUGUGUGCUGUAUUCUUACUGUGGAUGUUUUCAUUUAAAAAAAAAAAAAAAAAGUACAGAACUUUCACUGUGUUGAAUGGAAAGGAUUGGCACCAAUAUCCUUUGGUUUGCUUGCUCUAGAGCUGAUAAACAAAUGUAGGUUGUGCCUCUGUCUUAUCAGUUUAGGUAAGUGGCUACCUGUGUUUAGAUUUUUAAGAUGAAUGAAUAGUUAUUACAAAGGGGUAAUGCAUAUAUAAAUAGAUAUAUAAGACUUAAAUUAUUGCUACCUUUGUGUUUGGGGUUGGGAGAAGUUAAAAUAGAAUAUGGUUCCCUUUUUUGUUUUUUUGUUUUUUGUUUUGUUUUUUUAAGAAAGAGCAAUUGCAGUAAUCCUAACAUGCAAAAAAAGUUCAUUUAAAUCUGUUCUCUCUUAACUUAAUGACAUGAAAAGUAACAAGAUACCGGUCUAAAUUGUGACAAAUCUGUUCUGUCAGAAGUAGAGAUAAAUAUAUUUCUCAGAGGAGUUGACACAAACCAGCAAACAAGGUUUUGUGGCUCUCAAUCUGCUGCUGUGUGUCCCACUUUAGGCUGUACAUACUGUAUGUACCGAACAGAACUGUAGGACUUUUACUCAAAUUUCUGUUCAAAUCUGAAGCUGAAAUCUUUUUUACUGUUCCUCAAGAGCUUUGAAUUGUUUGUCUUUUAAUUUUCAAUAAAUUGUUUUCUUUGAUUCAGCUCAA